AGGAAGUAGUGGAUAAAGAUUAAAGGCAAAGUUGAAUAGUGGACAAAAAAAUAAGUAAAUUUUCUGACUUUCAAUAAAUAUCAUGAACUUGUUAUUAUACAUUUCCAAAGUCAAAUAUCGACAAGACAAAGAAGAAACAUGGAUUUUCUCUCCGAUCAACUGAAAAAGUUCUCCGACAAGAAGCCGGAAAGUUCUGAACCGGAGCCAAAUCACAACAAAAACAAACCCGGUCAUUCCGGUCCUACAACUCAUAGCGGACAUAGGCCAGCUACCAACGCUGAGCUCAUGGCUAGUGCCAAGAUUGUAGCCGAAGCUGCUCAAGCCGCUGCUCGCAGUGAGACUGACAAGCUCGACAAAGCUAAAGUCGCCGGAGCCACCGCUGAUAUUCUCGACGCCGCUUCUAGAUACGGCAAGUUUGAUGAAAAGAGUGGUGUGGGUCAGUACCUCGAAAAGGCUGAAAGUUAUCUCCACAAGUAUGAAUCUUCACACUCUCAUUCCUCCAGCGGUGGCAGCCACGGCGGUGUAGGCAGCGGAGGCAGUCACGGUGGAGGAGCUGGAGAACCGGCGGGUAAGAAAGGGGAUGAGAAAUCAGGAGGUGGUAGCCAUGGGUUUGGAGACUAUGCUAAGAUGGCUCAAGGUUUCAUGAAAUGAUUAAUGUCUUUAUUACUGAUUAAAAAUAAUUAUGUUAGUUAAUUAAUUAUCUUGCAUAAUUUCUAUUAGUAAGUUGUCGCUUUCUGAAUUAUUAACCGUUUGAUCUGUGUAUGGUGUUGGAACUUGCUGAUGUAAAAUAAACUGUGUUAUUUAUGAAUUUUCUGAUAUUGCG